UUCUGACAAGAACUUUGGAGCUUCCCCACAUCCACACAAACUCGGGCAAUUGAAGUUCUAGAUAUUGCUCGCAGCCAUGUCUUCAGAUAAGCCCUUACCAUUCAUUUACCAGUUCGCCGCCGGGGCGGUCGCUGGUGUGUCCGAAAUCUUGGUGAUGUACCCGUUGGAUGUCGUCAAAACAAGAAUACAACUCCAACAAGGAAAAGGCACUGGAGCAGAUUCAUACAAUGGCAUGGUGGAUUGUUUCAAGAAGAUUGUCAAGAAUGAAGGCUUCUCGAGAUUGUACCGAGGCAUCGAAGCUCCUAUUCUCAUGGAAGCGCCCAAGCGAGCAACCAAAUUCGCUGCCAAUGACUCCUGGGGAAAGUUUUACCGUGACCUUUUCGGAAUGCCCAAGAUGACGCAAUCCCUCUCGGUUCUUACUGGAGCUACAGCUGGUGCCACAGAAGCCUUCGUUGUCGUCCCUUUUGAAUUGGUCAAGAUUCGACUGCAGGACAAGGCCCAAGCAGGGAAAUAUACUGGCAUGCUAGAUGUGGUGAUGAAGACGGUCAAAGCCGAAGGUCCCCUCGCACUAUAUAAUGGCCUUGAAAGUACACUGUGGAGACAUAUCCUUUGGAACGCUGGUUACUUUGGCUGCAUCUUCCAAGUCCGAGCACUUCUACCGAAGGCGGAUAACAAGACCUCCCAGAUGGGGUAUGACUUACUCUCUGGCGCAACCGGAGGUACAGUGGGUACGAUUGUCAACACCCCUAUGGAUGUAGUCAAGUCCCGCAUCCAGAACAGCCCAAAAGUUGCUGGCGUUAUUCCCAAAUAUAACUGGGCUUGGCCAUCAGUUGCAUUGGUCAUGAAGGAGGAGGGCUUUGGAGCGCUUUACAAGGGUUUCUUACCGAAGGUUCUUAGAUUGGGCCCUGGAGGAGGUAUCUUACUUGUUGUGUUCACUGGUGUCAUGGACUUCUUCAGAAAAAUGAGAGGUGAAGCAUGAUUGAUUAGAAAUUUGUUGGUGGAUAUGUCCAUAUGUUACGUCAAGACUGUUUCGUGUCAGAUAUUCCCUGUGUAUUCUAUAGGAACGAAUAGAGGACAAGAAGGUCACGGAGAUUGGAGCAAGCGCAGCAUCAGAUUGUCAAUGGCGAACAAAUAAAGCAAGUGCGAAUCAAACACAGCAUUCCUGCUAUGUG